AGACGAAGGUAUUUCUUGGGCUACCUUUCCGCAGAUGCCUUACUUGCUUGAAUUGGACAUCGGCAACUGCAACAUAGAGUUCAUUGCACGUGAAGUAUUCCAGAACAUCACCGGGCUCCGCAAGCUUUUCAUGCCGCACAAUAAAAUGCUCGACAUUCCAUCUGACACCUUUCAACUGCUACCCCAUCUAGAGUAUCUUGAUUUAUCCUUCACUAAUUUAUUGGAAAUCGACUAUAGGACAACACAUCCCACACUCAAUGCUGUGUGGCAGCUCGUUUAUGGUGUUCAAAUACAUAAAGACACUUUCAAGAAUCUAAAUAAUCUCACGUAUCUCGAUUUGUCGCAUACGAAGGUAACAAGCAACAGCGCCAUGGCAUUUACGUAUCUCGGCCAGAGUCUGAAAUUCAUGAGUUUAUGUUAUACAUCCUUUCCCAUGGUUGGCAAUGCGUUUUUCAAAAAUAC